UUGGAUUUUAUGCGUCUUCGAACGCCAUAAAGUGUGCGCCUCUUCGUGUUAUGAUGCAAAAAAUAGCGUUAAUUAUAACCUCGCGAUUAGAAGCUCUUUUAUUUUUCAACCAGUUAGAAACUCAUUACAUGAAACUGCUAUCGAUUAAGUGAAAUUACGUAUACAAAAAUGAAGUUUUCUGAAGGGGAUUCAGUGCUUGCCAAAUAUCCAUCCACAACAGAAUAUCGGAAAGGCAAAAUAUUAAGUGCCCGAGGAGAUCAGUAUAAGGUGCAAUUUGAAGCUGGAGCAGAAUACACUAUUCACUCAACUGAUAUAAAGUCAACUAGACGAGCACGAAGUACAGUACGAUCCAGCAGCAGGGGAAGAAAGCCUCGAGCUACUUCAGGUAUGAGAUCUCCUAGUAAACGGUCACCUGGCAGAUCUCCAAGGAAACGUUCUCCUGGAAGAUCUCCAUCUACUAGAGCAACUUCAACAAGGGGCAAGUUUGCACGUAUCUCUUUGCCACGAAUAGAAGUACCUACUGAAACAAGCAGUGUUAAGAAUAUAGUUAGUUCAAAAAGUACAAAUGAUGAUGAGCACUCUAUUGAGUCGUUACCUCUCCAGUCCCGAUUGAGAGGGCUGGGGGUAGUUACACGUAGAUCAUCAAGAUUACAAUUAACUACUACAAAACCUGAAUCUGACUACAAAAUGGAAAUGUUGACAAGAAGUAUUAAUAGAGCUGUGUCACUUCCGAUAGAAAGGAAACUUCAGUUACAUGAUUUUAAUAUAGAGAGCAAGGAGAGAGGUCUCUCGGUACAAAGGGAUCAAGAUCUUUUGAAGGCUAUGCAUUAUGAAAAGGAAGCAGUACAAGAUUUUCCAGUAAUAGAAAAACGGAAAAUAGAAAUAAAUAUGGUCAGUGAACCUCAAGAAUGGGGAGGACGCUUCGGAUCAUUUAUUCUCAUAAUUUUGACUCCAUUGCUUAUAAUAUUACCGCAACUAAUGUGCACCCAGAAAAAUUGCAAAUUUGGCUACCCCAAAUUACCGGAAGAUGUAAAUUCGUAUAUAAACUUGAAGGCUUUUGGAACAUACUUGGGAUUUUUCUUGUUUGUGGCAUUGGCUUCAAUCUGCCCAAUCGGAAAGAAGGUUGAUGGUCUCGAGAACAGAAGUGGAAGACUACAAUACCGUUUAAAUGGAUUUUUAUCAGCUAUUUUAUCAUUACUUAUAUUUAUCGUAUGUAUAUAUAAAGAACUGGGAGUUACUGAUCUCAUUAUAGAUAAUUACAUACAAUUUUCAAUCAGUGGGUGGCUUCUUGGAGUAAUCUUGUCGGUAUUAUUGUUUAUCAAGGGAGGUAAAGCUCCUAUCGCGAGCCUCAACAUACAUGGUUCUACCAACAGUCGAAUUUAUAAUUUUUGGCAGGGAAGAGAGAUAAAUCCACGAAUUGGUCCCCUGGACGUUAAAAUGACCAUUUUCCGUACAGCCAUGAUAGCUACGAUGCUUAUAAAUUUAACCAUUGUGAUCAAAUCAAUUGAAGAGGCACAGAGUUAUUCUCUAGAGUACCUUCGCAUUAGUGUUCUAUUGAUUGCGUCAUUACAAAUAAUUUAUACCAUGGACGCGUUAUUCUUCGAGUCUACAAUUUUGUCGUCUUUCGAAAUAAUGCACGAAGGGACUGGCUACAUGUUAAGUACUGGCUACAUGUUAUUUCCAUUUUUACCAACCAUUACAACAAAAUUCGCUUUGUACAAUAAGACAAGGUUCAGUUAUUUGCUCGGCUUCCCUGUAUUUUUCUUCAUAAUUGGAUACUUGCUCUAUAGGUUCAGUAACUCGCAGAAACACGAAUUCAGAAGGAAUCCUCUAUCACCUGCUGUAGCACACCUGGAUACUAUUUCAACCAUACGCGGCAAGAAGCUUCUAGUGUCUGGCUUAUGGGGCCAUGUAAGACAUCCGAAUUAUUUAGGUGAUAUAAUAAUGUGGUGGUCGAUAUCAUGUAUAACUUUAGCAUGUGAUAUUUUGCCUCAUUAUUAUGCGAUCAUGUGCACAGGAUUGUUAGUCCACCGAGCAAUAAGAGAUAAUGAACGCUGCAAAGUGCGCUAUGGAUUAGCUUGGGAACAGUAUAUGUCGCGUGUAAAGUACAUGAUUUUAUAUCGUAUAUUUUAGAGUUACACAUUCUUGUGUAUACAAUUUUAGUAAGAUAUUGGAUGCUAAAAUCCAACACAAAAAUUUGUACCUUUCAAUUUCUGCAAUGCUCAUUAUUUUAUAACAUGACAUUUUACUUAUCUAUAGCAAAUGAUCUUUUAAACUUUCAAGUGAUGAAUCAUAGAAGUCGAAUAAUAAAUAUUUUAAAAUCUAAAAAAAAUGCAAUCAUGGCACUUGAUGUAUAAGUUUAAAUGUACAGUUGAUCUUUUGUAAAGAUCUUAUUUACGAAAUCUGUAAAAUAAGAAGGAAAAGUGCUAUUUUAUUAAAAAAAAAAAAAAAAAAAAAAAAAA